GUUCACUGACGCCCAGAAGGAGGAGUACUUCAGGAAGAGAUUCAGAGAUGAGGAGCAGGCCAGUAGAAUCAUCUCCCACAUCAGGAGAUCACGAAGCCUCCACAUCAUGUGUCACAUCCCAGUCUUCUGCUGGAUCACUGCUACAGUUCUGAAGGACGUGUUGAAGACCAGAGAGGGAGGAGGGCUGCCCAAGACCCUGACUGAGAUGUACAUCCACUUCCUGGUGGUUCAGUCCAAACAGAAGAAUGUCAAGUAUGAUGGAAGAACUGAGACGGAUCAAACCUGGAGUCCAGAGACCAGGAAGAUGAUUGAGUCUCUGGGAAAACUGGCUUUUGAGCAGCUGCAGAAAGGCAACCUGAUCUUCUAUGAAUCAGACCUGACAGAGUGUGGCAUCGAUAUCAACGCAGCCUCAGUGGUCUCAGGAGUGUUCACGCAGAUCUUUAAAGAGGAGAGUGGACUGUACCAGGACAAGGUGUUCUGCUUCGUCCAUCUGAGUGUUCAGGAGUUUCUGGCUGCUCUUCAUGUCCAUCUGACCUUCACGGACUCUGGAGUCAACCUGCUGGCAGAAGAACAAACAUCAUCAACACAGUUGUACCAGAGUGCUGUGGACAAGGCCUUACAGAGUCCAAAUGGACACCUGGACUUGUUCCUCCGCUUCCUCCUGGGUCUUUCUCUGCAGACCAACCAGAAUCUCCUACGAGGUCUACUACCACAGACAGGAAGUAGCUCAGAAACCAAUCGGGAAACAGUGUGGUACAUCAAGAAGAAGAUGGAUGAGGAUCUGUCUGCAGAGAGAAGCAUCAAUCUGUUCCACUGUCUGAAUGAACUGAAUGAUCGUUCUCUAGUGGAACAGAUCCAGCGGUACAUGAGAUCAGGACGUCUCUCCACAGAUAAACUGUCUCCUGCUCAGUGGUCAGCUCUGGUCUUCAUCUUACUGUCAUCAGAAGAAGAUCUGGACGUGUUUGACCUGAAGAAAUACUCUGCUUCAGAGGAGUCUCUUCUGAGGCUGCUGCCAGUGGUCAAAGCCUCCAAAAAAGCUCUGCUGAGUGACUGUAACCUGUCAGGGAGAAGCUGUGAAGCUCUGUCCUCAGUUCUCAGCUCCCAGUCCUCUAGUCUGAGAGAGCUGGACCUGAGUAACAACAAGCUGCAGGAUUCAGGAGUGGAGCUGGUCUCUGAUGGACUGAAGAGUCCACACUGCACACUGGAGACUCUCAGACUGGACCAGGAGAGCUCAGAAGGUCCCAGUGGUCAGUCUGCCCAGCAGCAUCAAACCCACCUGGACUCCAUCUUUAUGAUUCUGGAAGACGACAUCGUCACUUUUGUGAAGAACGAGCUGAAGAAGAUUCAGAAGCUUCUGAGACCAGAAUGCCCAGAGAGUCAGAGGGAGGGUGAGGAUGAAGAGCAGAGGAGCAGCAGAGAGGCGUUUCUGAAGAUCACACUGCACUUCCUGAGGAGAAUGAACCAGGACGGGCUGGCUGACCGUCUGCAGAGCAGAAGUCCAGCAGGAGUUUGUAAGCGUAAACUCAAAUCUAAGUUAGACAGGAAGUUCCAGAGUGUGUUUGAGGGGAUUGCUAAAGCAGGAAACCAAAUUGUUCUGGAUCAGAUGUUCACAGAGAUCUACCUCCUGAAGGGAGGGGCUGCAGAGGUCAAUGAAGAACAUGAGGUCAGACAGAUUGAAACAGCAUCCUGGAAACCAGACAGACCAGAAACAAUAAUCAAACAAGAAGACAUCUUUAAAACCCCACCUGGAAGAGAUAAACCAAUCAGAGCAGUGAUGACAACGGGAGUGGCUGGCAUCGGGAAAACAGUCUUAACACAGAAGUUCACUCUGGACUGGGCUGAAGGCAAAGCCAACCACGACAUCCAGUUCUUAUUCCCAUUCACCUUCAGAGAGCUGAAUGUGCUGAAAGAGAGAAAGUUCAGCUUGGUGGAACUUGUUGAUCACUUCUUUAGUGAAACCAAAGAAGCAGGACUCAGCAGGUUUGAAGAGGUCCCGGUGGUCUUCAUCUUUGAUGGUCUGGAUGAGUGUCGACUUCCACUGGACUUCCUCAACACUAAAAUCCUGACUGAUGUUACAAAGUCCACCUCAGUGGGUGUGCUGCUGACAAACCUCAUCAGGGGGAAUCUGCUUCCCUCUGCUCGCCUCUGGAUAACCACCCGACCUGCAGCAGCCAAUCAGAUCCCUCCUGGGUGUGUUGACAUGGUGACAGAGGUCAGAGGGUUCACUGACGCCCAGAAGGAGGAGUACUUCAGGAAGAGAUUCAGAGAUGAGGAGCAGGCCAGCAGAAUCAUCUCCCACAUCAAGAGAUCCCGAAGCCUCCACAUCAUGUGUCACAUCCCAGUCUUCUGCUGGAUCACUGCUACAGUUCUGGAGAAGGUGUUGAAGACCAGAGAGGGAGGAGAGCUGCCCAAGACCCUGACUGAGAUGUACAUCCACUUCCUGGUGGUUCAGUCCAAACAGAAGAAUGUCAAGUAUGAUGGAAGAACUGAGACAGAUCAAACCUGGAGUGCAAAAACCAGGAAGAUGAUCAAGUCUCUGGGAAAACUGGCUUUUGAGCAGCUGCAGAAAGGCAACCUGAUCUUCUAUGAAUCAGACCUGACAGAGUGUGGCAUCGAUAUCAGAGCAGCCUCAGUGGUCUCAGGAGUGUUCACACAGAUCUUUAAAGAGGAGAGUGGACUGUACCAGGACAAGGUGUUCUGCUUCGUCCAUCUGAGUGUUCAGGAGUUCCUUGCUGCUCUUCAUGUCCAUCUGACCUUCACUGACUCUGGAGUCAACCUUCUGGCUGAAGAACAAACAACAUCCAAGCUGUCUAAAUUCUUCAGAGUCAGACUAAAACAAACAUCAUCAGCACAUUUCUACCAGAGAGCUGUGGACAAGGCCUUACAGAGUCUAAAUGGACACCUGGACUUGUUCCUCCGCUUCCUCCUGGGUCUUUCACUGCAGACCAAUCAGAGUCACCUACGAGGUCUGCUGACACAGACAGAAAGUAGCUCAGAUACCAAUCAGGAAACAGUGAAGUACAUCAAGGAGAAGAUGGAUGAGGAUCUGUCUGCAGAGAGAAGCAUCGAUCUGUUCCACUGUCUGAAUGAACUGAAUGAUGGUUCUCUAGUGGAGCAGAUCCAACAGUCCCUGAGUUCAGGAAGUCUCUCUGCAGAUAAACUGUCUCCUGCUCAGUGGUCAGCUCUGGUCUUCAUCUUACUGUCAUCAGAAGAAGAUCUGGACGUGUUUGACCUGAAGAAAUACUCUGCUUCAGAGGAGGCUCUUCUGAGGCUGCUGCCAGUGGUCAAAGCCUCCAAAAAAGCUCUGCUGAGGGGCUGUAACCUGUCAGAGAGAAGCUGUGAAGCUCUGUCCUCAGUUCUCAGCUCCCAGUCCUCUAGUCUGAGAGAGCUGGACCUGAGUAACAACAACCUGCAGGAUUCAGGAGGGAAGCUGAUCUCUGAUGGACUGAAGAGUCCACAUUGCACACUGGAGACUCUCAGUCUGUCAGGCUGUCUGAUCUCAGAGGAAGGCUGUUCUUCUCUGGUCUCAGCUCUGAGCUCCAACCCCUCCCAUCUGAGAGAGCUGGACCUGAGCUACAAUCAUCCAGGAGACUCAGGAGUGAAGCUGCUGUCAGCAGGACUGAAGGAUCCUCUCUGGAGACUGGACACUCUCAGGGUGGAGCCUGCUGGAGUCAGAUGGUUGACACCAGGUCUGAGGAGAGAUUCCUGUGAACUCACAGUCGACACCAACACGGUGGACAGGAACCUCAAACUGUCUGACAACAACAGGACGGUGACAUGGGUGGAGGAGGAUCAGCCAUAUCCUGGUCAUCCAGAGAGGUUUAAGUCCUAUCAUCAGCUGCUGUGUAGAGAGGGUCUGACUGGUCCCUGUUACUGGGAGUCCAGACCAGAGGACUGGUUGAUAUAUCAGUGUUACAGAGGAAUCAGGAGGAGAGGAGACAGUGGAGACUGUUGGUUUGGAUGUAAUGAUCAGUCCUGGAGUCUGGACUGCUCUGAUGAUCGUUACUAUGUCCGUCACAAUAACAGAGAAACCUCCGUCUCCGUCCCCCGUGUCUCUGGUUCUGGUCUCUGGUUCCUCAGUGUCUCUGAGUCCUGUGUAGGACGGAGAGUCUCCUCCUGUCCCUCACUGCUGAUCAGCUGA